UACAGAACUACCUAUGUAAACCGCGUUUGCUCUGGCCGGAAGAGAAAGGUGCAGCGCUUAGAAGGCUCCCCUCCUAGUACCGGCUUCCGCGCUGUUGCUGUUGCGGACGUGCGAGUAGAUAUCUGAAAAGCUUCCGAGACUCUGGGUUGUGACAUGCCGGGCGGAGGCCAGUGCCCCGAUUGCGGCUCCACUGAGCUCGUGGAAGACUCUCACUAUUCGCAGAGCCAGCUGGUGUGCUCAGACUGUGGCUGCGUCGUCACCGAGGGAGUCCUUACUACCACCUUCAGCGACGAGGGCAACCUCCGAGAAGUAACAUAUUCCCGAAGCACAGGGGAAAAUGAUCAAGUUAGCCGCAGCCAGCAACGAGGUCUCCGCCGAGUGAGAGACCUCUGUCGAGUCCUGCAGUUGCCAUCAACAUUUGAGGACACAGCAGUUGCCUACUACCAGCAGGCAUACCGGCACUCUGGCAUCCGUGCUGCCAGGCUGCAAAAGAAGGAGGUGCUAGUUGGGUGCUGUGUCUUGAUCACCUGCCGACAGCAUAACUGGCCCCUAACCAUGGGAACUGUCUGCGCCCUGUUGUAUGCGGAUUUGGAUGUGUUUUCUGGCACCUACAUGCAGAUAGUGAAGCUCCUGGGGCUGGAUGUGCCCUCGCUGUGCUUGGCAGACCUGGUGAAGACGUACUGUAGCAGCUUCAGACUGUUCCAAGCCUCCCCGUCUGUGCCAGCCAAAUACGUGGAAGACAAAGAGAAGAUGCUGUCGCGAACAUUGCAGCUGGUGGAGCUGGCGGAUGAGACGUGGCUGGUGACUGGGCGGCAUCCCUUGCCUGUCAUCACUGCUGCUACUUUUUUGGCAUGGCAGUCGCUGCAGCCUUCGCAUCGGCUGACAUGUUCCCUGGCCCGUUUUUGUAAACUGGCGAACGUGGACCUGCCCUACCCCGCUUCCUCCCGCUUGCAGGAGCUGCUGUCCGUGCUGCUGCGGAUGGCCGAGCGGCUGGCCUGGCUGGAGGUUCUGAAGCUCGACAAGCGCUCUGUGGUGAAGCACAUCGGUGACCUUCUACAGCACCGCCACACGUUGGUCCGCAAGGCCUUUCGCGAUGGAACGGCAGAGAUGGAAGCUGGGGAGAAGGAGCUGCGGGGACGGUGUCAGGGGCCAGAGCAGGGAAAAGAGGAGGUGGCGAGUAGUUCCUUAGAUUUGCCUGAGGGGAAGCGGCCAGCUAGUCCCACCCCUCUCCUCCCACCUUGCAUGUUGAAGCCCCCAAAGCGGAUCUGCCCCCCACCCCCAGUCUCCACAGUCACCGGAGAUGAGAACAUAUCUGAUAGUGAAAUAGAGCAGUAUUUGCGUACCCCUCAGGAAAUUAAGGACUUUGAAAAAGCUCAAGCUGCAAGACAGGCUGCCAGGAGCGUUUCUAGCCCUCCCUGAUGUACAUCCAGGGGAGCACUCACCACAUUCUGACAGCAGCUUAAUAAUAAUCCUGUCCUAUCUGGAGAAAUCA